GGGAGGUGAGUAGGUUGUCUUGGAUGCUAAUGGGGGAGUUAAAGACCAAGGCUUUGAAAAUAGUUUUGGUUUACAUACCAAGAGCCGGGGGUGGUGAUGACAAUGGCAGAUGGCUAGGGCAUGGCCCUAUCUACCUGCAACGGGUUGCAUUAGGCUUGUCGGGAUGGUGGUUUAUCGGUUUUCUGCUGGGAUUGAGCACAUAGCAUCAGCCUCUAGGUUAGCAAUUUAUACUUGUUCGGUUGACAUGUGAUGCCUUUCGGUUGAAAGUUGAUGAUCAACUAAUUAAGAUACACACGAUCUUGCUCCAAUGGUCAAAAUGUUACAUGGUUCUCAACGUGCCAGACAUGUUAAAUAUCGGAGAAGCUCAAAAAGAUGAACUUGAUCGCUAGACUUUACAGGUUGUGCUAUGCUCCAAACCACCAGGCCAAUGGCUCCAAGAGGCAGAAUUGGCUUUGUAACUUGGCUCCAUCAUAUAGAUGACAGCUAUGAGGGUCAACAAUUAGAUGAACAAAAUCAGAGGGAACACAUAUUUGUCAACAUUUCCUGCCAAACUCGUAGUUUACGAAUGCUUUGUCAACAUUUCUUGCCAAUUAUUACGGUCUAUGCUUUAGUCAAAUUAAAAUAUUGAUUAUAUUAAUUAUUGUAGUCAAAGUCAUCAUAGUAAGCCUUUUUCUCCAUUUGUUUCUUGAAUUCAAGCUAUAAUUAUUUGUUUUUCAGAAGAUUUUCGUCAUCUUGAUUGAACCUUCUGUGUUUGAAAAGAUUAAAGUUGAAUUUUUCAAAACAGCUUGCACCUUUAAGCAAACCCUUCUAGUUUAGUAGUUUAGUGUUCACGUUUAUGAAAAAAAGUGGUCAAAUUAGUGUCAUUUGAUUGAUUUCCAGGCACCCCAAUCCUUCACCAUAACCUUUGUUUUUUUUGCGUUUUCUCGUCUCUAUCUUGGUGGUCUGAAAUAUGGCCGCCUUUUCUAUCUUUGUCUUCUUGUCCGGGUUGUUUAUUACCUCCUCAGGUGAUCUCUACAGUCACUCCAUCCGCCCCAACUUCACUGCUUCAUUCAUCAACUUGGUUGACAACAGUGGUGCCUUCUUGCUAUCUCCCAACGCCACCUUCCGAGCCGCCAUUUCAAAUUACCCAGACCAACAGCUCCCUCAGUUCUAUCUCUCAAUCAUCCACUCAUCUACCAACACCAUCAUAUGGACAGCUAACAGAGGCAGACCUAUUUCAGAUUCUGCCAAUGUUUUGCUAACUGCCAAUGGACUUAUCAUCACCAAUAACUCUGAUCAGAUUGUGUGGUCAACACCAAGCCUCAACUCUCCCGUCGCAUUCCUUCAACUUGAUGACUCAGGAAAUCUCAUUCUGCUUGAUCAACAAAACAUUUCGUUAUGGGAAAGUUUCAACUACCCUACUGACACUCUUGUAAGGGGGCAAAGAUUGCCUGUUGGUAUAGACUUCUUUGCCGGUGAAUACCAGCUUUUGCUCACCAGUUCUGAUGCUGUUUUGCAGUGGAAUGGGAUGACGUAUUGGCGGUUGUCAAUGGAUAACCGAGCUUUCAAGGAGUCGAAUGUGCCGGUGUCUUUCAUGGCGGUUAAUGGCAGCGGUUUGUAUUGGGUCGGAGAUGAUGGUUCAACCAUAGUCUUUAAGGUUCCAUUGGCUCCUAUUGACGCUGCAGGAUUGGAGUUUAUAUAUGCAAAUUUGGGGUCCAAUGGGAAGUUCACCAUUAGCAGCUUUGAUGGGAACAAUUCGGUCCAAAACUUACAAAUUCCGGUUGAAAAUUGUAGAAUUCCAUCCAUUUGUGAGAAAAUCGGUUUCUGCAACCGUGACAAAAGGCCCGAAACCUGUUUAUGCCCAUCAGCUUUCCACAGUGGAAUCGAUGGUUGUGUGCCAAUUAACCCUUUGUUCACUUUGCCUAAAGCUUGCAAUACCAGUAAUUCUUAUGGUAAUGAAACCAAUGAUCAGGUUUCCUAUAUGAAAAUUGGGGAUGCCAUAGACUAUUUCUCAACAAAAUUCAUAGAGCCACUAAGUCAACGGAUCAGUUUAUUGAACUGUCAACUGCUAUGCUCUCGGAACUGUUCUUGCUUAGGGGUUCUCUAUGGAAAUUCUUCUGGUUCUUGUAAUCCGAUUUGGAACAAUGUCGGAUCCAUCUUUUCAAGCACCUUUGAUCUUGGCCAAGAAGACUUUUCAGGCUACGUAAAGGCCAUGACUCUAUCAUCUAAUAUAAACAUAAGUUCUAAGACCGAUGCUGGUCAUAAAUUCUCAGUACUGGGUUCGGUCCUACUAUCUUCAUUAGGGGCUUUUGUACUGGUUGUCAUUGUUAUAGGAUUCUCAUGGUGGAAAAGAACAAAAGGGCAUUCCAGAGCUGCAGUAGUAAGAUUAGGCUCGAAAGCCUCAUUUUCAAUGGAGAUCGAUUUACUAUCUAUUGCAGGUUUACCAGUUAAGUUUGAGUACGAGGAGCUUGCAACUGCAACAGACAACUUCACAACACAAAUCGGUAGCGGUGGAUUUGGAACCGUUUACAAAGGUGUUUUACCAGAUGAAUCAGUUGUGGCAGUGAAAAGGAUCACCAAUUUGGGAGUUGAAGGAAAGAAGGAUUUUUGCACUGAGAUUGCAAUCAUAGGAAACAUUCACCAUAUCAAUCUUGUUAAACUGAAAGGAUUUUGCUUGCAAGGCAAGCAACGGUUUUUGGUAUUAGAAUACAUGAACAAGGGAUCACUGGACCAUGUUAUCUUCAAUAAUGAAUCGGUUCUUGGAUGGAAAGAAAGAUUCGAGAUUGCAGUCGGAACCGCAAGGGGACUUGCUUAUUUGCACAGUGGGUGCCAACACAAGAUAAUCCAUUGUGAUGUGAAACCAGAAAACAUUCUGCUACACGAAGAAAAUUUACACCAAAAUUUACAAGUGAAGAUAUCAGAUUUCGGGAUUUCGAAGCUUCUAACACCCGAACAAUCGAAUCUUCUUACGACAUUGAGGGGAACUCGAGGAUAUCUAGCUCCCGAAUGGCUAACAAGCUCAGGUAUAUCAGAAAAGAGCGACGUUUUUAGUUAUGGGAUGGUUUUACUUGAAAUUGUGAGAGGAAGAAGGAAUUUCUCCGUACAAACUUGUGCGCCGUUAUCGGGUGCGGAGCUCAAGAGACUGUAUUUCCCAUUACUGGCAUUAGAAAUGCAUGAGCAGAAGAGAUAUAUGGAGCUUGUGGAUCCAAGGUUGAACGGAAGGGCCGAGAGUGAGGAGGUUGAGAGACUUGUACAAGUGGCCUUAUGCUGCGUGCAAAUGGAGCCACGGCAGAGGCCGACUAUGUCAAAUGUGGUCGGCAUGUUGGAAGGGAAUCUGCCAGUGGAGCAGCCGAGAAUUGAAUCAUUGAACUUUUUGCGAAUCUACGGCGGAAGAUAUGCUUCGGUAUUGACCACUUCCACCGAUGGAUGCAAUGAGCAAAAUGAGUUCAUUAUGGACCAUCAUCAGUCAUCAAAUGACUGCUAGUUCAUGUGCCUAAUGGUUCGUUGGACUAUACUUUUUUCAUUAUAAUCAUUUAUCAUUACAUAAAUAUGUUAUAUACUUGAAUCUAUAUUAAAAACUUAUCAAUCAAUCAUCUAGGUUACAUGUGAACAACAAAA